UCUUUCAUGACCGCUUACGGUCGUCUAAUUCUUACAGUAUCUAUAUUUCAUAACAUAACCUGUAUUUAUUUACGAACAUAUUUGUGUCCACAUUUGUGAUGUAUUAAACUUUCGAUUAUUCUAAACCAUAUGAGAAUGAGUAAUUCGAAGGACAGUGCGAAAGUACAGAAGACUGGGCCGAUCGACAAUGCGUGGUCAUUGAAGAUACCAGAAUUUAAAGAAGCAGAUAAUCCACAUCGUCUUCUUGAAGAAAGUUCGUUUGCGACUAUGUUUCCAAAGUAUCGAGAGCAAUAUCUGAAGGAACACUGGCCUUUAGUUCAAAAAGCCUUAGCCGAGCAUCAUAUCAAGGCCGAGAUGGAUCUCAUCGAAGGAAGUAUGACGGUAAAAACUACCAGGAAGACCUGGGAUCCAUACAUCAUCAUCAAGGCACGUGACAUGAUCAAGCUCAUGGCUCGUUCAGUUCCUUUUGAGCAGGCGGUUAGAGUUCUUCAGGAUGAUAUUGCUGCAGAUGUGAUAAAGAUAUCCUCACUUGUCAGAAACAAAGAUAAGUUUGUCAAGAGGAGACAAAGACUUAUUGGGCCAAAUGGAUGCAAUUUGAAGUCCAUUGAGUUACUCACUAACUGUUACGUUGUAGUCCAGGGUCAAACUGUCUCGGCAUUGGGGCCUUACAAGAGUGUGCAGCAAGUAAGGAAGAUAGUAGAAGAUACUAUGAAAAAUAUUCAUCCAGUUUAUAGUCUCAAGACGUUAAUGCUUAGACGAGAACUUGCUAAAAAUCCAAAAUUAAUAAACGAGAAUUGGGAACGAUAUCUUCCCAAGUAUAACAGUAAGAACAUAAGCAAGCGCAAGGAACCAAAGAAGAAGAAAGAGAAAAAACCAUACACUCCAUUCCCACCACCUCAACAGGAAAGUAAGAUUGAUAAGGCAAUGGCAACUGGUGAAUAUUUCUUGAAUCAGGAACAAAAGAGAGCAAAGCGAAAGAAGGAACAGGAAGCAAAACAUGAAGAGGCAACCAAGAAGAGACAGGAACGUAGAGCACAGGCAUUUGUACCACCUGAAGAAAAAGCUGUUGUUAAUGAAACUGUAAAGACUGAUAUAGAUGUUGCUGAAAUAAAACGAAAAGUUCAACAAGGACUAAAAAAGCGUAAAACAAAAUAAAUACGUUAUGGUCAUUUUUUUAAACAUCAGUGGUUUAUAAUACAUGUAUAGAG